AUGCGGGCAGCAUUCGGUGUGUUCAAGCAGUUCUGGCCUAUCCUGUACAUCGUAUGUGUUCCGCUUCUCCUCCUUCCAGUGGCAGCAUGCAUCGGAGGAAAGGCAGGCUGGUGCGCCUACAUCCUUCUCUGGAUGGCCUGCUACUGGUCAGCGGAAGUCGUGCCUCUGGCUGCCACUUCAAUGAUGCCACUGUUCCUAUUCCCGUUCUUCGGGAUCAUGCCGUCCAGUAAAGUGGCCACCUUUUACUUGAAUGAUAUAGCGUUUGUGCUGCUUUGUUCUCUAGUCAUGGCUGGAGCCGUUGAAAUAAGCAACCUGCACAGGAGGAUAGCCCUCCGGUCUUUACUCGCCAUUGGAACAAGUAAUCUCAGGCUUUUGCUUGGCUUUAUGCUAGUCACCAUGGUACUAUCCAUGUGGAUUCCGAACACUGCAUCAACCUCCAUUAUGGCACCCAUAGCCAUGGCUGUGGUAGACGUGAUGCACACCUCCACGAAAUCUCAUUCCAAGGACGUUGAAAGUUCGAACCUCGAAUUUCUAAUGAAGCAACAGGAGCCAGUUUACAAAUAUAACAAGAUCUCAAGCAGAAAAGAUUCAUCUAACACUGCUGAUUCCGAGGGGCAUUCAAGGCAGAAAAAACUCCGUACAGUUAUGCUACUCUCCGUGGCAUAUGCGGCUAACAUCGGAGGAACUGGAUCUCUCAUUGGCACGGGCUCUAAUCUUGUACUCAAGGGUGUUAUGGAUGAAAUGUUUCCUGAGUCUACUGAGUUGACCUUCACCACGUGGAUGCUCUACAAUGCUCCGACCAUGCUGAUUUGCGUACUCAUUGGAUGGGCCUGCCUACUGGUCUUCGCGAGAAAAGAAAUGAGAAUGCCCUUGUCAGAUGCAGCGGCAGAAAAAGUUCGCGCCGAAAUCACUGGACAAUACCGGAACUUAGGUCCUAUCAGUUUUUCUGAGUGGUGCGUCAUGUUCCUAAUGUCUUCAAUGGUUCUUCUCUGGUUCACAAUGAAGCCCCAGAUGUUUCCUGGCUGGGUCGAAAUGAUUCCUCAUCAGACAUUCCUCAAGCCGUCCGCACCCGCCGUGCUGGUGAUGUUCUUGCUGUUUGUGAUUCCCAAGGAUCCUCGCAAGCCCGGUGGCCGAGGCCUUAUCACGUGGCAGGAAGCCAGCGAGCGUGCUCAGUGGGGGGUCAUUAUUCUCGUCGGAGGUGGCAUGUGUCUCGCUGAGGGUUGCAAGCAAUCAGGCCUGUCAGCGAUGCUGGUGCAGCACCUGAAGAGUCUCGACUGCCUUCCUAAUGUGGUGACGGUGUUCGUCCUAUGCUUCGCCGCCUCCAUGUUUACCGAAGUGAUGAGCAAUCCGACUGUCAGUUCAAUACUCUUGCCCGUCGUCUGCCAAAUGGCGUUAGCGAUAGGCGUGCACCCACUGUACCUGGCGAUGCCGGUGACGAUCGGCUGCUCCUUCUCAUUCAUGCUGCCCGCUGCAACACCUCCGAACGCCAUCGUUUACGAGCUGGCGAAGAUGGAAAUCCCGACAUGGUGA